AUGUCACGAGAAGUCGAUCGACUCCCAGAGCCCAAGGAGAUUCGGCGGAAGAAAGUGAUUGUCGCGAGCCCAAGUCGGUCUGGCACGCUAGGGCUUUAUGCAGCAAUGAAAAUCCUGGGCUAUCGCCCUUACCAUCUAUACGAAUGUGUCUGUGUCCAAGGCUCGACACACAUCAAGAUCUUCAGAGAGGCCAUAAUAGCGCAGUAUAACUGGCUUUCUGGAGUAAAGAGGUUGAGGAAGCCCGAUUGUGAGAAGUGGUUGGCAGAUUAUGAUUGUAUCAUUGAAGUACCCAGUUAUCUCGGCAUGGAUGUCAUUCAAUCCUAUAUUGAUGAUCCCGAAGUCAAGUUCAUUCUCACUGAAAGAAACCCGAAAAACUGGGCUCUGUCAUUCAACAAUACCGCGGCCAAGGUGGCCGCUUUAGCUACCACCUUCCCUGUGAGUAUUUUGAAGUACUUCCACGCCGACCUUUAUCACUUUUUCGACGUGAAUGUGUUGGUAUACCGGGCGUUGUCGAGCAAUACGAAGCCUGGCGAUGCCGAAAAUGAAGAAAUGCUCUGCGAAUAUUAUUCUGAGUACAUCAAAAAGGCAAAGGCGACCAUCCCAGAUGACCGACUCCUUCUGAUCAAGUUGGAGGAUGAGGAUGGGAUUGAUUGGGACACUAUUUGUCCUUUCCUCGGUCUCCCAGUUCCCAAGGAAGACUACCCCGACCGUCAUUUUCCUGAGAAAUUCGCGGCAUUGCUUCAGGAAUUCUUGCAGCCGAGGGUCAAAGCGGCCAUGUUUAGGUGUGUUCUCCUUACUGUGUCUUUGUUGGGGGCGACUGGGUGGGCGAUGGUGAAGUAUGGGCCAUCUCUUCUCCCAGCAUUGCCCAGAUUCAUGUUCUCGCCCCCUUGA